AAUCUAAAUUUUAUAAGUGAUGUGGUGGGAAAGAAAGAGAGCGAGAGAGAGAGAGAGAGAGAUAAUGAAGAGUUUUGUAUGGCUCUGCAUCUUCUUCUGCUGGCUACUCAACCGGGCCUGCCAGGCCGACCAACAUGCACCGCUCCAAGUCGACGACUAUGCAUACACCAUUCAGGUCGACUCGCUCUUCUCAAAACCUGUUUGCACCCAUUCUACCAAAGGUUUAAAGAGGGAAUCGUCGCUGGAAGUAGUGCACAGGCACGGCCCAUGCACUAAUCUCCCCGGAGAUGCUCCAACAGUAUCCGACGUUCUCCGUCGAGAUGAAGCUCGGGUCAACUGGAUUAACUCUAAGCUAUCCAUCAAUUCCCAACCAGAUUCAGCUAACCUCCCGGCAAAAGAUGGUAGCAGCGUCGGCUCCGGUAACUACAUAGUCUCCGUCGGGUUUGGAACUCCGGCUAAAUAUUUAUCCCUCAUUUUCGACACUGGAAGCGAUCUAACCUGGACUCAAUGUAAACCUUGCAUCAGAUCUUGCUAUAACCAGAAGGAUCCAAUUUUUGAUCCAUCACUUUCUUCUUCUUAUUCCAACAUUUCAUGUUCUUCCGAUUUAUGCUCUUCUCUCGCAUCCGGAACUGGAAAUAGCCCAGGCUGCUCCUCCUCAACCUGCAUCUACGGGAUUCAAUACGGAGACAGCUCCUUCUCCGUCGGCUUCUUUGGGAAGGAAAAGUUAACCUUAACACCCAGAGAUGUUUUCAAUGGCUUCCUCUUUGGUUGUGGACAGAAUAACCAGGGUCUCUUCGGUGGAUCCGCCGGUCUCAUAGGCCUCGGCCGUGAUCCUCUUUCCUUACCUUCACAAACUGCAGCUAAAUACAAUAAAAUCUUUUCUUACUGUCUUCCAUCAUCUUCUUCCUCAACUGGCCACCUCACAUUCGGUGCUGGAUCUACCCUCUCCCGCUCUCUGAAAUUCACCCCAAUCUCUACUUUCUCCCGCUCCUCUUUCUACGGCCUGGACUUUACAGCGAUCAGCGUCGGCGGUCAAAAGCUCUCAAUCCCAACUUCAGUUUUCUCGUCGGGGGGAACCAUUAUCGAUUCAGGGACGGUGAUCACGCGGCUGCCAUCGACGGCCUACGCAGCCUUGCGAAAUGCGUUCAGGCAGAGAAUGAAAGCGUACCCAACAGCGCCAGCGCUUUCAAUUCUUGAUACGUGCUAUGAUUUUAGUGGAUACAAAACAAUUACGGUGCCAAAGAUCAGUUUCUUCUUCAGCGGCGGCGUCGAGGUGGAGAUUGGAUCGGUGGGGAUCUUGUACGGUAGUGGGUUGUCACAGGUGUGUCUGGCGUUUGCAGGGAAUAGUGACGAUGGCAGCGUGGGAAUAUUUGGGAAUGUGCAGCAGCAGACAUUGGAGGUGGUAUAUGAUGUGGGGAAAGGAAGGAUAGGGUUUGCUCCAGGGGGUUGCAGCUAAAUGGGGAAGACAAUCUUCAACCAUGUUAGCUCUGGAAUUAAAAAGUUGAAAGCAGAAAACAAGUGUAUUUCUUAUAAUAUAAUUAAUGUCAAGAAUAAGAAAAAUCUUCUUUACUUUUUAGCAA